AAUUUCCUUAAACUUGUAGAGCUCGCCAUUCCCCUUCCCCUUCUUCCCAAAUUUUGCUUUCUGCAAAUAUCAUGGUCCCAACAUUAGAAGUAACUGUCGCAGAGGCAGCCAGCGAAACGCUUUCGGCCACACUUAAAGCGGCACCAGCUCUUAUUGCUCCCGAACCAGAGCAUUGCCCUGGGCCAGAAUCCGAACAGGCCGGCAAGGCAGAUUCAUGCGCGGGAUGUCCCAAUCAAGCAAUAUGUGCAAGUACUCCUAAAGGGCCUGACCCUGAUUUGCCUAUUGUCAAAGAGAGACUUCGAGGAGUGAAGAGGAAAGUACUCGUUCUAUCAGGAAAAGGUGGAGUCGGCAAGAGUACAUUUAGUGCGCUCUUCGCGCAGGGAUUUUCGAACCUGAAUAGGAAGAAUAAGAGAAGUAAAAUGGAGCUGGGCGAGGGUGAGAUCGAGAAUCAUUACGACUCUCCGCCUACUGUUGGUUUGAUGGAUACAGAUUUAUGUGGUCCUAGUAUUCCACGGAUGUUGCUUGGGGACAGCUCAGCCUCUACUAGUGUUCACACCACAGCGUCCGGCUGGGAGCCUGUCUGGGCAAGUGAUACGCUUGCAGUAAUGAGCAUCCAGUUCAUGUUACCCGAUCAAGAUUCAGCAGUCAUCUGGCGAGGACCGAAGAAGAACGGUUUAAUCAAACGUUUUCUGAAGGAUGUUGAGUGGGGUGAUUUAGAUUUACUCGUUGUGGAUACACCACCGGGUACGUCAGAUGAACAUCUAAGUGUGCAGUCGUACCUCAAGGAAUCAGGAGUGGAUGGUGCUGUACUUGUCACCACUCCGCAAGAGGUGGCAUUGCUGGAUGUAAGACGAGAAUUGGAUUUUUGCCGUAAAGCUGAAAUACCUGUCAUCGGCAUAGUCGAGAACAUGUCCGGUUUUGUCUGUCCAAAUCCAAACUGCGGCAAAGAGUCUCAGAUAUUUCGUCCGACUACGGGUGGCGCGAAGAAACUGUGUGAGGAUGAGCGGGUGCCCUUCCUUGGUGCUGUACCUCUUGAUCCGAGAAUUGGCAUGGCUUGCGACUUUGGUGAGAGUUUUUUGGAGGCAUUUCCUCAUAGUCCAGCUGCACAGCGGAUUGUUGACGUUGUGAAGCGGGUUGGUCAGGCCAUAGGGAUGGAUAUGACAUGAGGGUCGGAGGCAUGACGUCUAUGGACGCCGUGAUGAUGUUCAAGCAUGGUUAUACAUAUUUCGUCUUAUCUUACCCCAGUUUGUAUCAGUAAGCACUGUAAACGACCUGAUUCAUAGGUAUAUAGAGACCGAUUGAGAAUAGACAAUUUAGUUGAGGUGGACUUGAUCCGGUAGAUCAAUGCAACGUCUAUGAGGUGCUCGGAAAUCUAUCUACGUGAGAC